AUAUUCCAUAACGUAACGUACGGUCUACUCCAUCACUGAAUACUAAUCAAUUGAAUUUAUAAUGAAGAAAGGAAAUUUCCACUAUUAUAUAAGUUCUUUCCAUUAACUUUUUUUGUCAAUGCCCACCAGAAUUGGCCCAGUAUUUUCCCUCACAAUAGACACAAACCAUUUUCUCUAACAGAGCUAGCGAUCAGAUCGUGACAUGCAUUCAGAGUUAUUUUACCUUCGAUAUCGCCGUUAUGUCAACCACAUACGGGCCGCUUUCCCUAGGCAAAAUAACCGAAGUACGCGUAACAUUAACAACAUUCAAAGGGAAAUGGCACUACCGCUUAGCUUGUCUCAUGCUGCGAGGACUCCGCCAUCAGCCAAAGAUGUCGCGCGCCGAUCGCGUCACUGGACUGCAUGGAUGAAUUCAGUGCCAAUUCACAACAAAUGCUGGACCAAGUUCUAUCCAUACCCGGCGAGUUGAAUCUCUCGAAGAAUAUGUCAACGUACAUGGGUAAUCACGCGAAUAUGGCUUCGUCUGUUACCCCUGGACUGCGGUACAAGAACCUGGGCAAAUCCGGCUUGAGGGUGCCCAACAUUGGGCUGGGUUUGUGGACAACCCUCAACGAGUACUGUAUUGAAGACAUUAUAGUCACUGCCCUGGAGAAUGGGAUCAAUUUGUUUGAUCUAUCGGAGGCGCACUGUGCAAGAGGCGAACUGGAUUUGGGUAAAAUAUUGAAAAAGAGAAACAUUAAACGCACGAGUGUUAUCAUUACCACAAAAAUAUACUGGAGUACCAAGUUUCCUCAUGCUAACAGGUCGGACGAACGAGGCCUGUCUAGGAAGCAUAUAAUAGAGAGCGUUAAGACAUCCCUCCAGCGGCUGCAGGUGGAAUAUAUUGACGUGGUAUUGUUGCAUAAGACAGACCCAGUGUGCCCUAUGGAAGAGUUGGUGCGAGCGAUGAACUUCGUUAUAAACCAGGGUUGGGUUAUGUACUGGGGCACUGCGCGCUGGUCACCCUCUGAGAUAAUGGACGCAUACACAAACUGCAGACAGUUCAACUGUAUAACUCCCAUCGUGGAGCAGACGGAGUACCACAUGUUUUGCCGCGAGAAGUCCGAACUUUACAUGCCUGAGUUGUACCACAAAAUUGGCGUUGGAAUGAUGGCCUGGUCAGCGAUUACAACAGGGAAAGGACUAGGUCGUGAAGAAAUAACUGGACUUUUCGCAAAAUCACGAUUUAACAGGAAAUACAGUACUUUCAGCUGGUGCGAGGAAGAUCUAGCUUUUGCUGAAAUGCGCAUAUCCGGAAGUAAGGAGCAGGUGGAUGGAGAGGAACCUCGGACGUAUGGAGACAAGCUUCGAGACCUAGCCAAUUUAGCCAGCACUAUGAAUUGUUCGAUGAGUCAAUUAGCCGUAGCCUGGUGCUUGAAGAACGAGUCUGUUAACUGCCUGCUUCUGGGUGCUUCAAGUGUUGAACAGUUCAAAGAAAACAUACACGCGUUACAGAUAGUACCACAGUUGACAACAAACGUGAUGGUGGAGAUUGAAAGGUUAUUGUCGAACAAGCCGCAGCGGCCGCCCAUGGUGUCAACCCUCGCCAUGCGGAACCAGCAGAACAGCAACACCGUACGAGUGGAUAUGGCGGGCGCAACUACCUCUGGCACUGGGUCCCCCAAGCCCGAGGGUGAUGAGGCCGAGGCGUCCCCCGUUAAGGACAUAGCGAGGGCCUUCUGUGAGAUUCAGUGACCGUGGUGGCGCGGAAGCAGUGACACUGCUUCCAAAUCUAGUAAAUCAAAGGAAUCAAUUAAGGACAGCAAACCUAAAUUCUUUUUAAAUAAUGCCGGUGAAGUCAUUAAACGUAUUGAACACGAUGGAGUGUCCACUGAUGUCGUGAUAUCAGUGUCAUCAAUAAAGGGCAAACAGCCCGCUUCCGGCGGUAGUAAAGUGAAGAAAUCCAAAUCGGAAACGUCGCGGCCUCGGUCCUCGUCGCUACAGAGGUCGUCCUCGGGACAGCUGUCCAUUUCGAGGGACAGGCGCAAAUCGCGAUAUGAUCUGCCUUCGCCGGCUGAUUUGUAAAGUAUGGAGGAAGAUUGUGAUGAUCAGGCCCAGCCAAGACGUUUUCUUCAUCGCUUUUUCAUAGAAUCGCCGAGCAAAAUGUGUGGAUUUGAGAUUACACGAGUUGACUUCAUAUUACAGAACGCUUAAGUCAAUUCGAUACAUUUUUAUCAUCGUUUCUAUGAGGAAGCGAUAAAGAAACAGUGGCUAGUUUAGUAUCGAUUUGUGAUGGUCAAUUUCGGACAGAUGAUGAUUGAUCAGAAUCAAGCGAGUUUUGUCAGGAGGUAACAAAUGAAUCGUUGGUGAUUUUGUACAAAUAUUUACCGAGUUUUUGUCAGACCGAAAUUUGCUAUCGUUAACGAAUUAUU